UGUUACCAAAGACAAGAAGAAGACACACGGAAGUGUCAAACAGCAUGAUGGUCUUUGGGCAUCCGAACAUCAUAUUUUAUACAUUCUCUGGCACGACGUUAAUUCAAACAUGUGACUCACAAACUAACAGUGUUCAUCUUCAGGUCAGAACCAGUCUGUGACCGUUUUGAUCAGCAUGGCGUCUGACAAACAGCAUUGCUCGUGCUGCUCCCAUCCUGUCUCCUCUCCUAGUGUUUACCAGACUCUGGAUGAAAUGGAUUUUGAACGAGGCAUCUGGUCUGCUGCAAAGGACAGUGACCUGGAGAGGGUUAAGUCGUUGGUCCAGAAGGGCACAGACAUCAACGUGAGGGACUCAUCUGGAUACACAGCUCUGCACUAUGCAAGUCGCAGUGGCCAUCUUGCUGUGUGCAAGUUUCUUCUAGAUAACGGUGCAUGUGCGUCUCCGCAGACACCAGGCGGUGCCACGCCGCUCCAUCGAUCAGCGUACUGCGGUCACUUGGAUGUGGUCAGACUCCUUCUGCACCAUCGGGCAAAUCCUACGCUCUGUGAUGACGACGGUGCAUCCCCUUUACACAAGGCUGCAGAACAGGGCCAUGAAGAGGUGUGUCGGCUGCUUGUUGAGAACUGUCCAGCACUUUGCAGCCAGAAGAACAAGAGGCUCCAGCUGUCCCACCAGCUGGCACAGCAGGGAGAUCUGCAGGAGCUCUUAAAACCACCGUGGUGACGGCGAACACACACUGCAUAUGGGGCAUGCUGUGUUUCUAAUAUCAGACAAAUGAAAUGAACUCAAAUUUACCAGGUGAGGUCCACAUGACUCAGGAUCACGUUGACCUGGAUUCACCAUAUUGGACUGAUUUUAUUUCUCGACUGAACAUCAGCAAAAACCACUGAGUGAAUCCGGGUGUGCACAACAUAACAUUUUCUAUAUUUAUACCACAGACAUCACCCUGUUUUUAAUUCAUGGUUUACUGCUUGUGUACAGUAUACACACCCAAAGCUGCCUGUAAAACCUGUCAAAUAACACCAGUUUCCACCGUCUGCUGCUGCUGCUGGAUUCUUGUCGAGUAGUAGUUAAAUAAAAUGUAUAACGAAGAGUAAGAUCUGAAGCCUGCCUUCAUGCUGAAGGAACACUAAUGUUAUUUAAUAUAAAGAUUUGACUUAG